AGACACGGGGAGAGGGGAAAGGCAAAGUCAGAGAGCGAUCGCCGAGGGCACGGAGUAGGCGAAUCAAAGCGCGCGUAUCUGUCAGUAUAGCCGGACACUCGGUCUUCAUCACCGCGGGGACCACAUCGUCUCCAUAGGCUGCUUUGUCUUCACCUAACUGGAAUCAUGGCGAAACGCUGUCAAUCUUACGCGUUCGUGCUCCUGGCGGCUUCUCUCUCCGCGGGCGUGCUGAUGGUGAACGCUGCACCCCAGCAAGAGUCGUUUGGACUUGGCGCCUUGGGUAAAGCGUUUCGCUCCUUUCGUCGCCUGUCGUUCCUGCCCACGAGAACGCUGCGAUCGUUCCGACCCUCCAAGCAAUCGAAGCCCCAACUGUCUACGAGCUCGCCAAUUGGCGACGCUGCCCGCUACCUGGACUCCACGGGUAAAGUUUUCGACUCAGUUGUUCCAGGGAAAUUUGCCGAGAAGCUAUUGCCCAAGUUUGAUGACCAGAAAGACAAGGUGUGCUACGAGUUCGUCGGCUGCUUCAGCAACCGGGACAGGUUCACACACCCGACCUCGUUCCCCAGCGAUCCGGAGUCUGUGGACACCAAAUUCCUGCUUUACUCGCGCUCCAACCGGCGCUCGCCCGUCAAGCUCGACUACCGGCCCACCAAGAGCCUCGGCCGCCUCGCCCAGUUCGAGCAGCGCAAGCCGCUCAAGCUCAUCGUGCACGGCUUCCUCGAGAGCAGCAAGGUUCGCUGGAUGCAGGACAUCAAGGACGCAUUCCUGGACCUGGAGGACUACAACGUGAUCAUCGUCGACUGGAGCGGUGGCGCGCAGCAGCUCAGCUACAUCAAAGCGGCGGGCAACACGGCGCUCGUGGGCCGCGAGGCAUCGCUGCUCGUGCAGCGGCUCAUCGACACGCACCGCGGCACGCUCGGCCCGGACCAGGUGCACAUCGUGGGCUUCAGCCUGGGAGGCCAGAUCGCCGGCUUCUUCGGCCGACACUUCAAGAACAGCACCGGGACGCUCAUCCCGCGCAUCACCGCUCUGGAUACGGCCGGACCGCUGUUCGACAACACAACCGUGUGCCUCUCAGAAAAGGACGCCCGCUACGUGGACGCCAUCCACACAAGCGGCGGCAAGGCUAUCGUGGUAGGCGAACUGGGCAUCGACCGGCAAGUCGGCCACGUCGACUUCUACCCCAACGGCGGCAAGAAGCAGCCAGGGUGCAAACCACUCGAUCUGCCAUGCGACCACUUCCGGGCUACUGCGUACUUCCUCGAGUCCCUCCGCAACAAGCGGUGCCGCUUCGUGUCCAACCCGUGCGCCGGAGGCUACCGGGCACUGGAGCAGAACAAGUGCCAGUCGCGCGGCCAGCGAGGCCUCAUGGGUUACUUCAGCGACACCGUUGCUGGGCGGGGCGUCCAAUUGCUCACCACCAACGCAAAGUCCGAGUACUGCAAAGCAUAGAGCUCUCGUUCGUCGCCGUCUUUUCUCCAGCACGGAGCGCCGAUGCUCGGGACUGCGCAGCCGAGCCUCUGCCGGCACUGUCCACACUUUCAGAGCAGUUCAAUGCCGGUACGGCCGUCAUCGCUUGCGGUGACUCUUGUCGCGACAUCUCAGACCGGACAAAGCCAAAGCUUCUCCUUUCAAUCCUUCUCGCUCGAGUGCAGCGAGCGCCCUGAACUGAAAUCACACGGAGCGAAAAAUUAGCGUGCGCGCGAAGCACGGCAGCGACGCUGCAGCCGUGAGUAAUCAAGCCGGAGAAUGGAAGUGCCUGAAGUGGAGCCUCCAUGGCAGGUAAAUUGAAGAGAUAUUCGGCACGCGCGUGUACACCAAGUCCUGUGUGUGUGAGCGUCUAUUAAUUACUCGUUUUAUGUCGAGUAUACUAACAUCAUGAAUAAAUGAAAUAAAAAAAACAAGAAAUGGCGUAGAA